UCAAGAUGCACGUUCUAGUCACCAACGACGAUGGUCCUCCCUCGUCUCACGCCUCUCCCUAUGUGAGCUGCCUCAUUCAGCAGCUCAAAGGAGCCGGCCACACUGUCUCGCCUCUGUACUACCGUCCCUCAUCUGUCAUCCACGGUGAAGAUUCUGAGGGCACUACUCAUCAUCGUCCUUCACCUUCGGGAGAUGUUGAGGAGUGGAUUCUGAUUGACGGAACGCCUGCUUCGUGCGUCCAGAUUGGUCUUCACCACUUCUUCCAGGACCGAGGACCGAUCGACCUUGUUGUCAGCGGACCCAACUAUGGCAGAAACACCACGGCCGUCUUUGCUUUGAGCUCGGGAACUCUUGGAGCUGCACUUGAGGCUGCUGUUUGUCAGAAAAAGGCCAUUGCAUUGAGCUUUGCCUUUUUCACCCGAAACCACGAUCCCGUCAUUAUUGAGGCAGCUUGUCGACGUAGUGUCAAGGUUAUCGAGGCUUUGUACAAGCAGUGGCCUACGGACGGCAGUGCAGAUCUCUACAGCGUCAAUGUGCCUCUCGUGGAAGGUCUCGAGAACAAAAAGGCAAUCUGGACAAACAUGCUUCAGAACUACUGGAGAGAAGGUGGCUGCUUCCAGGAGAUUGAGGGUGAAGCUGGGGACGAAAAUGAGGAGGAGGAGAGAAUACGAGAGGGUAUUGGAGGAGAAGUAGAUGAUGCUGGGUCGUCUGCCCGCAAAGGACAUGCCCAUAAGCACUUCAAAUGGGCACCUAGGUUUACCGAUGUUUACAAGAGUGUGGAAGAGUCCAAGCCAGGCAACGACGGAUGGGCUGUCAAAGAGGGACUGACAAGUGUCACUGCCCUCAAGGCCAACUUUAUGCAUGAUUCUGAAGAGUCCAACCAGAAGGAGCUAGAACUUUCAGGUUCAGAGGUGGCCAUUCGGCCAAAGAGUGCGGUUCAAGCCAUCGUUUCUUACGAGGAUUCUUAUGUGCAACCUCUCAUUCUGUCCGCCAUCGAAUCUCUAUUCCCUGGCGUCUUGGACGUGACCACUAAAGAACAGUCGUCCCUUGCAGAGUUUGGCGAUGAAAAGGUGCUCCAGAUCACUGCCUACGAGUCUAUUGACUUUGAGUAUGCUGCCAGCCACGAAAAGACGUCUCUCAUCAACAGCUACAUGAUUCGAAAGGCUCUUAUCCGGAAGCACUAUCUGUCGACAACCGUGGAUCACUGGAUUGCCAAGAAUCCGUCGUCCAUCCUCAAGCAGCACGUCAAGCGGAGUGAUGCAUUCGAGGUUGACUUUGCCGAGUUUCUAGAUGAUGCUCUGGUGGAGGCGUUUGACCUCCGGGAGAGCAUGGAACGAAACGAGGAGAAGCCUGAUGAUAAGGAAUGGUGGAUCCUGAAGCCAGGAAUGAGUGACAGAGGCCAGGGUAUUCGACUCUUUAGCUCUAUGGAUGAGCUCCAAGCCAUCUUUGAUGCCUGGGAAGAAGAUCAGCCUGACACUGACGAUGAGCUCGAGGCAGAUGACGACAACGGCGACGGUAUCAUGACAUCUCAUCUACGCCACUUUGUUGCACAGCCCUACAUUCAUCCGCCCCUUUUGGUUGAAGGCGAGAGCCGCAAGUUUCACAUUCGAACUUAUGUCAUGUGCACUGGAAGCCUCAACGUCUGGGUGUACAAGCACAUGCUGGCCCUCUUUGCUGGCAAGCCGUACACUGCGCCGGCAGAUGCUCCAGAAGACAUUGAGUCGUUCCUCACAAACACAUGUCUCCAGGACUCGCCCAACGAAAACACCGUCCGUCGUUUCUGGGAUCUGCCCCUGUCAAAGGAGACACGGGAUGGCAUCUUUACUCAGAUCUGCGAUGUGACUGGCGAGGUCUUUGAGGCGGCAGCCAAGGCCAUGCCCAUUCACUUUCAGACACUACCAAACGCUUUUGAAGUGUUUGGUCUCGACUUUCUCAUGGAUGCCAAGGGAACUGCUUGGUUACUCGAGGUGAAUGCGUUUCCUGACUUUAAGCAGACUGGGGGUGACCUCAAGGAUAUCGUCUCUGGGUUCUGGAAGGGGGUAUUGAGACAUGGGGUUGCACCAUUCUUUAACAUCUCGCCAAAGGACCAGGAUGGUGCCGAGGACAUGGUUCUCGUACGAAAGCUUGAUCUUGGUAGAGGUUGAGUAGGAGUCUAAAAGUUAUUGUUUUGUCUCGGCG